GUUUCUUUUUGUAGCUUUGAAUGCUGAAGACAGAGCAGACCUAGUUAAUGCUCUCAAAGUAAGUUACUCUCCAUUUGGGUUUUUGUUUUCUGGGUUUUAGACUUUGGAUGUUUGGAAACAUCCUGUAAAUAGUUCUAGGUUUGGUUUUGGUCUUGAGUUUCCAUGUAUGCUAAAUUUCUCCUUCUUUAGUAGUAAUUCAUGUGUCUAAUAGUGAAAUGGCCUUCUCCAUGAUGCAGAAUAAGCUUCAGGAUCUUACCGGGAAGCAUUCGGAUGUGCUGGAAAACUUGUCUCCUGCUGUGCGAAAGCGUGUUGAGGUUCUCCGGGAGAUUCAGAGUCAACAUGAUGAAUUAGAGCAAAAGUUUUUUGAGGAGAGAGCGGCCCUUGAAGCCAAGUACCAGAAGCUGUAUCAACCACUUUACUCCAAGCGUUAUGACAUUGUGAAUGGAAAUGUUGAAGCUGAGGGGGUAAAGACUGAAGCAGCUGAAGGUGCCAAAGAGGAGGAGGGCACAACUGAAGAGAAAGGAGUGCCUGAUUUCUGGCUUACGGCGUUAAAGAAUAAUGAGGUUAUUGUUGAAGAGAUAUCUGAACGUGAUGAGGCAGCUCUCAAAUAUCUGAAAGAUAUAAAGUGGUCUAGGAUUGAUAAUCCCAAGGGUUUCAAGCUUGAGUUCUUCUUUGACACUAAUCCAUUCUUCAAGAACUCUGUUCUGACAAAAAUAUAUCACAUGAUUGAUGAGGAUGAACCUAUCUUGGAGAAAGCAAUUGGGACGGAGAUUGAGUGGUACCCUGGAAAAUGCCUGACUCAGAAAAUUCUGAAAAAGAAGCCCAAGAAGGGUUCCAAAAAUGCAAAGCCGAUCACUAAAACUGAGCAAUGUGAAAGUUUUUUCAACUUCUUUAGCCCGCCACAAGUCCCUGAAGAUGAUGAAGACAUUGAUGAAGAUGCAGCUGAGGAGCUACAGGCCCUGAUGGAACAAGAUUAUGACAUUGGGUCCACUAUCCGUGACAAAAUUAUUCCACAUGCUGUUUCAUGGUUUACCGGAGAAGCUGCUCAAGAAGAAUUUGGAGAUAUGGAUGAAGAUGAUGAGGACGAUAUUGAUGAAGAUGAGGAAGACGAGGAUGAUGAUGAAGAGGAAGAUGAGGAUGAUGAUGAGGAUGAUGACGAGGAAGAUCAGCCCAAGAGCAGGAAGAAGAAGGGUGGAAGAGCACCUGCUGCUGAUGGUCAGCAAGUCACUAUUGCAACUACCCCUCCACAUGUUUGUCCUUUGAGGAAGCGUCAUGGUCACUUCAAUCCAUCUCGGUAUGAACCCAUGUACGAAUCCCUGGAUACCAGGUGGUCCAAACUCGUUUACCCGGGAAAGCCCACUUCAACGACUGAACCACGACAAAACCCCGAAUCAACCGGAACACGAACUCACGAACCGACAUUAGCGUUUAAAACUCUUCACAUUUCACACAAUUAA